GGGGGGGAGGGGGGAGUGGCUCUCAGGGACCGUCAUCUCCUGCGGUUUCUGGAAGGAAACGACAAAGGAGCGAAUUAGAGACGGUCCCCGCGCUGUGCGCAUGUGCGGUGCGGUGCGUCACUACAGGUCACGGAAUAUUUUUAGACGAGUGCUCACGUUUGGAAGAUGACAGAUGUUAAAUGUGGAGAUGAUCCAUGGCAAGAGUGUCUGGAGGCCGGAGUAGCUGUUGCUCGGCAGGCUGGCGAGGUAAUCCGUGAAGCCUUGAAGACUGAACAGUCAGUAAUGCUUAAAAGUUCUCCUGCAGAUCUGGUGACUGAGACAGAUCAAAAAGUAGAAAAAAUGAUUAUAAAUACCUUGAAGAAAAAAUUUCCUUCUCACAGUUUUAUUGGUGAAGAGUCUGUUGCAGAUGGAGCACAAAGUGUAUUAACAGAUAAUCCCACUUGGAUCAUCGAUCCCAUUGAUGGCACAACUAAUUUUGUCCACAGGCUUCCCUUUGUGGCAGUUUCUAUCGGCUUUACUGUAAACAAACAGAUUGAGGUUGGUGUUGUGUACAGCUGUGUAGAGGACAAGAUGUACACUGCUAGAAGAGGCCAAGGUGCAUUCUUGAAUGGACAGCGAUUAAAAGUGUCUGGACAGGAAGAUAUAAGCAAAGCUCUUAUAGUGACUGAGCUGGGAUCCAGUCGCACCCCUGAGGUGCUGAAAAUUGUCCUUUCAAACAUGGAGAAACUGAUCAAUAUUCCCUGUCAUGGAAUUCGAGCUCUGGGAACUGCAGCUGUGAACAUGUGCACAGUGGCGACAGGUGGCGCAGAUGCUUAUUUUGAAAUGGGAAUUCAUUGCUGGGAUAUGGCAGCUGCAGCCGUUAUCAUCACAGAGGCUGGUGGUGUUGUACUGGACAUAUCAGGAGGACCAUUUGACUUGAUGUCACGCAGGGUGAUUGCUUCUAGCAGCAGAGCCAUUGCAGACAGAAUAGCACAAGUGGUGCAGCCGAUCCCAUAUGCAAGGGAUGAUGAGGAGCAAUGAAUUGAAGGACGAAUUUGUAGUGUAUAAAGUCAAGAGAACUAUAAUAAGAAAGUUUUUUUUUUUAAAAAAACACAAAGAUUGUAGAUUUUCCUUGUUUUUAGUUCCAGAAUGUACCGCGGAUAUUGAGCUAGACUAUUAGAAUGAGGAAAAUAGUGAACUCUUCACACAUCCAAUGAUUCACACACCCAACUGAACGCUCUGCUGAUCGCUGCUCUUGUCGCCUCAUGAGAUCCACUCUCUCUGGUAUGUGACGCCACAUCAUACACUCGACCUGUCCCUUCAGCAGCACCACUUUAUCUCAGAACUGCCCUCGUCCUCAACUCAUUUCAUUCAUCGCCACAUUCGGCGCCUCAACAAAAAACUGUUCCUUUUUCUUUUAGGUGCCAACCCACCUCCUGAAGCCUCCCCCCACCCCUUUACCUUCUCCUGACCCCCAAUCCCACGCCCUGCUGUAUCUUCACCAUUCCCUCUGACUUCCCACUUUCUGAUCCUGAACAAUCCGUCCUCAGUAAAGGCUUCAGCUUUAUCCCCUUACGCCCCCACCUCAAAUCAAUUUUGAUCCCGACAUGACGCUGAGCUCUUCUUCCGCCGCCUCCGCGCUCACUUCUUUGGCCAGGAUGCCUCCCCCUGUACAUCGGACCCUUUCUCCUGUCUCCAGAAAUCUGACCCCACCGCCAGGCUCCCUACCCUCCCGCGACCUGUUCAUUGAAAACUGCCGGCGUGACAUCGGCCGCAUCCAGUUCUUCCCUCCCCUCCCCCACUCAAACCUCUCUCCCUCUGAACGCGCUGCACUCCACUGCCUCAGGACCAAUCCUGAUUAUCACUGUUAAACCCGCUGACAAGGGAGGCGCAGUCGUUGUCUGGCGAAAGGACGGCUACCUGGCAGAGGCUGAAUGCCGACUCUGACAACUCCUCCUACCUUCCUCUGGACCAUGACCCCACAGCUGAACACCAAGCCACCAUCACUGAGGUAGUCCAUGACCUCAUCUCCUCUAGUGACCUUCCUCCUACAGCCUCCAAACUCAUAGCCUCGCACAGCCCGCCUGUACCACCUCCCCAAGAUCCACAAACAGGACCAUCCUGGUAGACCCAUUGUCUCAGCCUGUUCCUGUCCCAUGAAUUAAUCUCGUCUUAUCUGGACUCCCAUUUUUUGUUCCCCUCGUCCAAUCCCUACCCACCUAUAUCCAUGACUCCUUGGAUGCCCUCUGCCACUUUGACAAUUUCCGGUUCCCCGGUCCUGAACUUCUCCUCUUCUCAAUAGAUGUUCAGUCCCUCUACACCUCCAUCCCCAACAAGGAGGGCCUCCAGGCCUUCCGGUUCCACCUUUAUCAAUGGCAAAACUAGCUUCCAUCCACCACCACACUCCUCCGCCUGGCUGAACUUGUUCUGACAUUGAACAAUUACACAUUCAAUUCCAACAACUUCCUUCAAAUAAAAGGUGUCGCUAUGGGAACCUGCAUGGGUCCCAGCUACACCUGCCUGUUUGUUGGUCACCUGGAACACUCCUUGUUCUGGUCCUACUCAGGACCACUCCCUGACCUGUUCCUCAGGUACAUCGAUGACUGUGUCGGGGCUGCUUCCUGCUCUCGCAGUGAGUUAGAAGCAUUUAUAAAUUUCGCUUCCACUCCAUAAAAUUCACAUGGACCAUCUCUGAUUCCUCCCUUCCUCGACUUCACUAUCUCCACGUUAGGUAACAGACUAUCCAGACAUUUUCUAUGAGCCCACCAACUCCCACAACUACCUUGAUUAUAUCUCAUCUCACCCAGCCUCCUGCAAAGACGCCAUCCCACUUUCCCAGUUUCUCCACCUCCACCGCACCUGCUCUGACAAUGCAACCUUCCACGCCAGAGCAACCAAGAUGUCCUCAUUUUUCCUUGACCGAGGAUUCCCAUCGAUAGUAAUUGCCAAGGCCCCUGACUGUGUCCGCCCUAUUUCCCCCUUUCCCCCCCAUCCCAGAACUAUGAUAGGGUUUCCUUAGUCCUCACCUACCAUCCCAUCAGCCUCAAGAUUCAGCACAUCAUUCUCCUACAUUUUCAGCACCCCAGUGUAAUUUAUCCACCAAACACAUAUUUCCCUUCCCUCUCCGCAUUCCAAAGGGAUCGUUCCUUCCGGGAUUCCUUAGUUCAUUCAGCCAUCAGCACUACCAGCUGCUCUCCUUCCCGAUACCUUCCCAUGCCAUUGCAGCAGAUGCAAUACCUGCCCUUUUACCUCCUCCCAGACCACUAUCCAAGGCCCCAGACAGCGGUUUACAUGUCCUACCACCAAUGUAGUUUACUGUAUCCACUCCUCAUGGUGUAGCCUCCUUUAUAUUGGGGAGACUAAGCGCAGAUUGGGUGACCGAUUUGCAGAACACCUCCGUUCUGUACGCAAGGUCAACCCUGAUCUUCUGGUCUCCUGCUAUUUUACCUCACACUCCCAUUCACAGUCUGACCUCUCCAUCCAUGGUCUCCUACGCUGUUCCAAUGAUCCACAGC